UUUUACUCACAGUCAAACCUUUUCUCCGUUGACUUCCGUCUUCUUCUCGGCGAGAAGAAAAAAAAUGAGCAAAGACUUUCUCAAUGUCUACGCCCAUGCCAAUAACCGGAAGAGGAAGAUGAAGGAGGUGGCGGCGGACCAUCUCCCGCCCCCACCGCCGCGGUUUGCAUCCGCUCCGCCUGCGGCGCCGCUGAGUCUGUUUCCUCUGGAAUCAGCGGCUGGGGCGGGAGCGUCGUCGUCUGCUGCCAGGCACCCGCCGCACUUGGUGUCCCAUUUCGACACCGCUCUUCGGCUGAGCAGCGUCGAGACUGGGCGGCAGCAGGCGGGGGUAGGCGGAGGAGACUUGGGCGCCUUGUCUAGGCCUAUACAGUCUUUCACUUCCUUGUUGCUCACCGGAGACGGCAGCAAUGAGCCGGCGGCCGAGGAGGAGUGUACCCAUCGUGUUAUCAAACAUGCUGUCACUUGUUAUAGCAAACGGGUGAGAGAGAUGAUGGAGGAGAUGUGCAUGCAGCAGCACGCGAUGGAGCACGCCAUGGCAGAGGAGAGGGCGGCGAAGAAGAUGAAGGAGAAGCACGACGAAAUGAUGGGCCCGGUUAUGGCUAGAAACUCUGAGUUAGAAAGACUUCUUUCUAACUACAGAAACCAAGCCAUGAACAUGGGGCACAGAAUCAAGACCCUGGAGCAGACCAACACUUCCCUCCGGGCGGUGCUGCACCAGGCCACCGCGUCUCUCCGCUCUGGCGGAGGAGGCGGGGAGGAGGUGAUGCUGUUGGUCAGACAGCAUCAUCAGGCGCAGGUGGUGGAGGACCAAGAAGAUGCACAGUCGUCGUCCUCGGUUGACCCGGAGCAGUCGGGGCGCCCGGUUAGGUUGACUUGCCGGCUUUGCGCCCGGCGGAUCGCGACGGUGAUGCUGUGGCCGUGCCGCCACCUCUGCCUGUGUAAACGCUGCGAGGGGUUUGCGAACCGGUGCCCGGUUUGUGAGGCGGCUUUCCAAGCCAACAUUGAGGUUGAUCUUUCCGGAUUUUACCGUUUUUGCGUUGAGGAUCGCUGUGAGGACUCUGAAAGAUCAAGCUCAACAGACCGGAUCGCAGGAGCUUCUCCGAUUUGAGAGCUUUUGCAUGUCGAUUCAAUCUUCAUCCCUGAGCGAUCUACAUAUUUACUCUGUGUUUUUGAUUUUUUUUGAAAUUUAUGUCUGUUUUGAAGAUUGAUUGCGAUGAGGAUCUCUAAGCUCCCUCUUCUGAUUGAUGUUGAGGAAAUUCGCUGGCCGAAUCGAACCAUUAUCACUAUCGCCACCGCUGAGCAAUCUCUGUUUUUCUUCUUCCUUUCAAUUUCUUCUGAUUUUGAAAUUCAUCCGAUCUUCUAGGUUUUCAAUCGAUUUUAUGGAACUUGAUCUCCAACCGGCUUAGAUUUGGUUGAUUUUAGCAAUUCUUACUUCCAAAUGUGCUGAAACCAUGAGAUCACAGUGAUGACUUGCAAUAUUCAAGCUCAACAGACCGGAACGAGGCUUCUUCUUCCUGGUAAUGGGUUGAAGGAGUUUGCCUGUCGAUUACCCCGCUGAACUGAGUGAUCUAUUUGUUUGAAUCCGUGCAUUAAUUAUUUGUUUGAAAAUUAUUUCAGAAAUUUAGUCUGAUUUUUCUUGGAUAUUUAUGUUAAAAUUUUCUGUCUUUUCUGUUUAAUUUUAUUUUUCUUACCAAAGAAGAAGCGUCUCCUGCGAUCGUCGGCAGCCGUAUCGAUUUCUUCUUACCAAAUCUCAAAGGUUUUUGAAGACAACAAUGUUUGCAAAUUAAUCUAAAAAGCCAUUUUUUCCCAGAAACGUAUAUUGAAAAUUCUGGAAAGGUCUAGUGAUGAAGAAAAUAAUAAAAUCUGGGAAAAUAU